CGUGCUUCCAGUGUCAAGUAGUAAACAAUUGGUCAAGAGAAGGGAUGCUUUCGCACGCCUCUGUUGAUGUCCACUGGCAAGGUGGUGCUUGUAUUUAACCUGAAAUUGACAGAAGACUUAGUAGCUGUCAUUUCAGCCAUGGAAUACCUGGGAUAGAUUUGAUCAAUGAAAUAUUGUUCAAAGUUGAUGAUUCAGUUCUGUUUUGUGGACACAGUCAAGAUUUGCCUUUUUGUAUUCGUGUGAUGCGACUUCUUUUUCAACCAUGCCCAUCUCUCGUCAACAUUGGAUCUAAUUUGUAGUCACUGUUGUGAUACCCUUACAUGCUCAGUUCCAGAGGCAGUUUGAAGCACCAGAAAUGGACAACAUCCAGACUAGCAUGCAGAAGAAGGCUGCAGAGCUGGAACGUAUGGCCGAGGUGUUGGUUACAGGAGAGCAGUUGAGGCUGCGUCUGCAUGAGUGUAAGGUGAUUAAGGAUCGACGGCACCACCUGAGGACCUACCCCAACUGCUUCGUGGCCAAGGAGCUCAUUGAUUGGCUGCUCGAGCACAAGGAGGCCUCGGACCGCGACACCGCCAUGAAGAUCAUGCAGAAACUACUGGACCAGAGCAUCAUCCACCACGUGUGUGAUGAACACAAGGAGUUCAAAGACAUGAAGCUGUUCUACCGCUUCCGCAAGGACGAUGGCACCUUCCCAUUGGACAAUGAGGCCAAGGUCUUCAUGCGAGGACAGCGGCUAUACGAGAAGUUGAUGAGCAUGGAGAACGGCCUAUUGCAGACGCGAGAGGAGGAGGGCGGGUCGUUCGAGCGGGCGCUGGUGGCCUCAGAGUUCGUCGAUUGGCUGCUGCAGGAGGGAGAGACGGCCACCAGGGAUGAGGCGGAACAGCUGGGACGACGGCUUCUAGAACACGGCAUCAUUCAACACGUCACCAAUAAGCACCACUUCACGGACGGCGCUCUGCUCUACCAGUUCCGCAUGAACUUCCGUCGGCGGCGGCGUCUGAUGGAGGUGCUGAGUGAGAGGCCGCGCGGCAUCCCAGAGAGCCACGACAGCCCCUUCUGCCUCCGCAAGCAGAACAGCGACGCAGGCAACACCAGCUUUCUAUCAGUGAGUCCGACUAAGGAGAUCCGUGUGGUGUCGGCGGUGCGUCGUAGCAGCAUGAGCAGCAGCUGUGGCAGCAGUGGAUACUACAGCAGCAGCCCAACGCUAAGCAGCAGCCCACCUGUACUCUGCAACCCCAAAUCAGUGCUGAAAAGACUAGUCAACCCAGAGGAGCUGCAGAGCCCAGGGGGACCGUACAUAAAGAGGACAUUCACGAUCGUGGGUGAUGCGGUGGGCUGGGGCUUCGUGGUGCGGGGUAGUAAACCAUGCCACAUCCAGGCCGUCGACCCCGGCGGGCCCGCUGCAGCCGCAGGCAUGAAGGUGUGCCAGUUUGUGGUGUCGGUGAACGGCCUGAACGUAAUGCCUCUGGACUACCGCACCGUCAGCAACCUCAUCCUGACCGGACCGCGCACCAUCGUCAUGGAGGUCAUGGAGGAGAUGAACUGAUUGGCCGGCCGGCUUGUCUGUCUGGCCAGCUCUCCAUCCCCUUCAGCCAAUAGCAGAGGAGGUCUCCCUUACUGGUUGCCAGAGGAACAUCUAUCAUAGACUAGCCUAAUCUGCGCUAGCCCUGGCUGCCUGUGCCCUCCUCUGCUUCUUGAGGGGGGCAGCAGAACGUGUGUCACGUGUGCUCUCCUGACUGACUCACAGCCACCAUCCCCUCCACCCGCUCCUCCAUACACCUCCUCCUUUCUACACACUGGCCUCCUCCUCCUACUCCUCCUCCUCUUCCUCCUCCUCCUCCUUCUCCUACUCCCCCUCCUCUUCCUCCUCCUCUUCCUCCACCUCCUCCUCCUCCUCCUCCAUACACCUCCUCCUUUCUACACACUGGCCUCUACCUUCUCCUCUUCCUCCACCUACUCCUCCUCCUCUUCCUCCUCCUCUUCCUCCUCCUCCUCCCCCUCGUCCUCCACCUUCUCCUCCUCCUCCACCUACUCCUCUUCCUCCUCCUCCACCUACUCCUCCUCCUCUUCCUCCAACUACUUCUCCUCCUCCUCCUCCUCUUCCUCCUCAUCAUCAUCUUCCUCCUCCUCUUCCUCCUCCUCCUCCUCCUCUACCACCUCUUCCUCCUCUUCCUCCUCCUCCUUCUAGUCUGAGGGGAUUGGGGAUGAAUGACACCAAGGUCAGUGGACGCAGGAGAGUAAUGGCACUCAUCUUUGUACAGUGGAUACGUAUGUUCCUUGUGCAACAAAAAAAAACACUUCUUGAAAAGACUCCCCUCUGCACUUAAAAACAUGGACAAAUGUGUCAGAGGACACUCUCUCACUGUCAGACAACAGGACAUUGUCCGAUAUGUUCAUUGAAAAGACUCAUACCAAUAAACCUUCUCUCCGUUUAGACUACAGUCUUGCAAACAUUCAUGUUGCCUGGUAAGGAAGGACAGAUGAUGCACUUAAUGACAAUAUGAAGACCACCAAGACCCUCAUCUCCUGGAAGGGUGUUGUCUUAUUAGCUUCUUGGAAAAAAAAGUUUGCUCACUCUUUUGGAUUUUUCUUUUUGGAUGUUCUGUACUUCUGUUUAUGUAUUCCUGCUAAUGAGUAAAUAAACAACAGAAAAGAACAUUAAAAAGAAAAAUCCUAAGGAGUGUGCAAUCUGUUUUUUGUUUUGUUUUAUUCAGCACUUGGGAUUUUGCACAAAGUCAAGCCGCAAGUGCGUCUGAUUAGCUUCUGUCAUCAAGGACCUCCAGCCACCACAAUACUGUAGAAUGCCACAGCAGACCAGGAGAAUGGAGCUGGCCCAGGUAGUCAGGUAGUGGUUGGCCACUGCAGCCAUGGGCCUCUCUCUGUUACCACCUGUCCUCUUGCAACAAUGUGUACAGGUGUACACACGGUUCAUUGAGCUCAACAUGAGCUCAAUAUCAUUCCAUAUCAUGCUGAUAGAAUACCGUGCAGUAAGUUUGGAAGGUGGUUCAGAUCUUCACGCCAUGUGGACAUUUGUUUGACUCGGAUUUGUCUUCACAAUUUCAUGCAGGGUCAUGCCAUCAUCAUCGUUGCCAAAAGGCAAAUGUUUUAAGAACACUGCAUCAUGACAAUCAAACAAUUUUACUCCCAAUAAUGAUCAGACUGAUUAAGUCGUUCUUUUACCAUUUUUGUGUUGUCACUAAAUGCACAUCAGCACUAAGUUUAAUGCUCUGCUCAAAGUCCAUUUCACUUCAGCCACGUUAUUGUUUGAUUGUUGAGGCAUUUGUCCUGGCCUUUCUCAAGCACCAUAUUAAGUAACCUGUCUGAUUUCCAUUAAACACAUACAGUACCAUGCAGCUGCCAUGCAUAUACUUGGUUUUUAAAUUCACUAUUGCAUAUUCAUGACUUGGUACUACACAUACACAUACAACCACAUGGACAAAGCAGAGAAGGCCAAUGGCCAAGUUGGGAAUUUGAUCUCAAAUGAAAGAGAAAAGACCACAUGUACCCUGGUCUACAUUAUUAGCACCAUGUUUGCUAAAUCACCCAAGUCAAAGGAUAUGAUAUCUCAUGAAAAAGACCAUUGCUUGUUUGAAAGAUUGCCAAUCAGAAUUUAAAAAACAAACAAAAAAUGAGACAUGUUACAUUCUCUAUUCUCUCUUUCAUCAGAUGUCUUGUAAUUGGCUUCACUGAGGAAUGUGUAGACAUGUUUUUUUCCUACCUGAUAACCUUAAGCAUCAAAACCACCAUGCUAAACCCAAGGUAAAAUAAUACUCCCUUAGAUGCUCAUCCUUUUAUUCGGAUCUACAAUAAACCUGGCUUCUGAUUGAUUUAUGAUAAGCAGAUUUUUUACCUUUUGUACCAUGUACCAUUUCAGACAUUUUGUGUGUAAAUAUUGCUGUGACUGUUAUACACAGGCAGAACAUGCGCUUCUGGACAUGUUUUGGUACUGCAACAUGACAACAUCCAUUCCUGGAGAUGAGAACGCACAAGCAUCUACUGUAUGUUGUACAAGACCAACUACAGUUGUACUCACACUACCGUAAUAAGAAGAGAAGAUGAUGUAUAUACUGUAAAAACGUAGCCAGGGUUUGACAUGGAUUUAUCACAACACUGUGCCUAUUAUUGCGUACUGAAGGGUAAAGUGUCUCGUUUAAUUAAGAAUCACAGAGGCCAAUUAUACGUCGCUCUUCUGGGCGUCUUAUAGAGCAGUCCCACCCCAGAGAGCACUGACAUCAACGUAUUCAACUCUUAUAUUAGUGUUUUAGCUUUUAUACAGAGGCUGAAAGGGGACAUUUUAGUGGGUUUGUUGUUCGUAUGGUUUUAUUGAUAAUCUGUUGUAUUUGUUUGUUUACAUGAUGAUUCUGUUGCAUCGUUCAGUUGUUACGUGACACGAUUAAAUGCUUUGGAUUGUU